UUUCAUGCAUGUGCGUAAGUGUCGUUCCGGAUUAGCCUGGGCAGUCCGCACAGGCUAAUCAAGGACGAAAUUUUCCGCAAAAACUUCAUUUUUGCGAACAGGAGACUUUCUUGAAACGAAAAUUAUCAUAGUCAUUAACAUCCACUGCAAAACCUUCCGCGUAAAACUUUAAUAACAUUUCAAUACACUGCAGUCUACUUAUACGACAAUAUUGCAUGCUACGCUCCGCUCACCAAUUACCACUCUGAUAUCACGUUGACUAUCGUAAAACAAAUAAAAACGUCGUAAUAUAUGGCAGAACGUAUUAACUAGUUACUUCAAAAUAAAAUUUGCGAGAUAAAGAAAAUAUCUUAUAUGUUUUCACUUUUUCAGAAAGCAAUCAAAUUUAUAUUGAAAACUUUGAAUGGUCUUUAUUUUGUUAAAUCAACGCGUUUUUCUUCGCUUAUAUUUUUCUGACAAACACAUCUUUUGUUUGAAAUGCAAUAAGGAAAGUACAACACUGUCGUUAGUAGCAUCUUUCCUAUGAAAUGUUCAACAUUCAGCUUCUGAUGUCUAGUGUACUUUAAAUAGUUAAAGCUAAACGCCUCGCGUCGUCGCCACACUGAGCAGAUGAACUACCAAACAGUUGCAGUCCAAAAACUCAUAUGCCAGAACUGGUGCAUUAUCAAAUAUAUAAAGGUACCCUAAGGCACAUCUACUUAAGUUGGAUACAAAUAAAAUACUGUUCUGCUUCUGUUAUUGGGUUGCAUUCGACCAUUCGCCAUGUCCUGGAAGCUCAUACAAUGUGACCGUGUACGUUAGCGUCUGGUACGGCAUGGUUUGCGAUAUGGACAACCCGACGUACUGCCGGAUGAAGGGUAUUCAGCCACAGACCAUUAACAACUUUAAUUUCAGCCAGCUAGCUGGGUGUAAUGCGGAAGAGCUUUCUGUUAGAUUGGCUUCCGGAUUAAGUGGCUACGUAUGGUGGACGGCCGUACAGAUUGUGACGUCAGUCGGUCUCAUUCUGAUAUUUGUUGCCGCUAUUAUGGUAGAGGCCUGGAGAUGCGGAGGGUAUCGCAACAAAAGAUUUGUCAUUGCAAUAUCUACCAUCUUAAUACUAGGAGGAGUUGCUGUUCUUGUCAUGGUGAUAAUAGUGUCCGUAGGUUUCGUCCGAUUCUUCGAAGUACCGAAGGUACUUGUAUUUAAAAUGGUGCCCGGGACGUUUGUGUGGUCGGUUCUCACUACCGGUAUUGGUGCCCUGCUUGCGCUUGCGGGAGGCUGCCUAGCGACGAGUCUUCGAAGAAACUCCAGCGUCAGACAUGGCAAAGUAGUGCCAACUAUCGUCAAGAUGACGCUUACGCCGUAG